GGUAUAUAAAAGCGAGCAAUCCUCCGUAGAUGCCAGUUUAAAGAUCUCCGCUUCUUGAAACGUUCACGCUUACAGAGUGAGACAAGGAAAUAAUGGAAGUACAAACAUCUUGGAAUCACCACGAAAGUCAGACUUUUUGUGAUGAAACAAAUUUGCAAGGAAAACCAUCUUGCUAUGAACCAUUGACCCCGCCAGCAUCAAGAACUUCUGGGAGCAGUAGCAGUGAAGAUGAAGAAUUCAAGUUUAUAUAUAAUUUGAAUCAACUUCCAACGCAAAACGGAGAAACUAUCAAUUCUUCUUCCACGACAAAUAGAAGACAAAAACCCGUCGGCUUGUUAAAGAUGGCUAAAAAGAUGAAAAAUAUGAACGAAAACGAACUUCAGGAUUUAAGAAUUAAAAUCAACGAACGUGAAAGACGAAGAAUGCAUGAUUUGAACAGUGCACUUGACUCAUUACGAGAGGUGAUGCCGUAUGGACACGGCCCCGCUGUAAGAAAAUUAUCAAAAAUUGCAACCAUGCUUCUUGCAAAGAAUUAUAUCUUGACAUUAAAAGGAUCUCUUGAAGAGAUGCAAAGAAUUGCUUCUGAUCUAUAUCGGCAAGUACCCAACGUUCAUCAAGUUGGUGGCAAAGACUUGAAACGCCUUAACAUUGAAACGUCCUCUUUGCUUGGAAAAGAAAGCCAGGCAGUAUCUUCAGCGACAAAUAAUACUUUACCAAUACAUGUUUCAUCAAAAAUGAAUGAAAAAGCGUCAAGGACCAAACCACAAGAAUAUAUGUUUCCAACUUUAAAUUGUCCGACAUCUUUACUACGACAAUCUUCAAUUCCUUUGGAAUACGAGAGAAUCCCAACAUAUUUGCCGUCAACACCACCUGUCUCGAAUUGCUUUUCUUUUUUACCAUUUCAGUUCUCUCUCCCACUGCACAGUCAAGUUUCCCCAACUUUAGCGUCGCAUAAUCACUUGUCUGGAUCGAGAAAAAGAUCAAGUGAGGAGAAAUUGCCAGUGCCGGACAAACGGCAGCGUUUUAAUGAAUCAUUAAAACUGAAAGUAGAUUUUUCUAAUGUUGAUAGUUUGCAUUAAAUUUGCAGCAGUGCUUUUUUUUCAUUUAAAAAUAAAUAUUACAUAACAUAA